AAAAUUGACGUGAAUGGAGGACGUGUGUCUGUGAAUACUGAGUACGACGGCAUAGUCGUUUUAAUUCGGCUACUUAAAAUUAGUGCAUUGAUUACGUUUCACAUGAUAGAAUUUACCAAAACCAAGCAAUCAAAACCCUAUAUAAAAGACAUUGUGACUUAAUAACAGUGCAAACACAGCAAUGGGUAAAGCUAAAAAGGGAAAAAAACUGCAGAAUGCCGAGGACGGCGACAGCGACGUGGAAACCACUAACAUCGAGAGCGUGAAACCUUCGCAAACGAAAGGAAAGAAAAUUGCAGUAGAUUCCGAUGAGAGUGAGGAUGAAAAGCCUAAAGCUAAAUCAAAGCACAAGAAGUCGGUAGAUGAGGAUGUCAAAGAAGUCACAAAGAACAUUAAAAAUGUUUCAAUAUCUAAGAAGUCUCAAAAGAAGAAGGCUGAAGCUAGCAGUGAAGAUGAGUCUGAUGAUGAACCGCUACCAAAAUCAGGCAAAGGAAAGAAGGCAGCAGAUAAAAGUGCUUUCUCCUUCUUGGAAAUAGAGGAUUCGGCAGAGUCGUUACCCGAUGCUGCUAUUUCUUCCGAAGAUGAAAAACCUCAGAAGCCACAGAAAAAAGCUCAAGAAAAAAAAGAACCCACCGGCAAGAAAGGUAAAAAAGCCAAAAGGAAGAAGGAUGAUAGCGAUGAUGACUUGGAAAAGGUACUUGCUGAACUAGAAAUGGAAUAUGCUGGAGUUAAGAAGGAACCUACACCGCCCACUGAAGGAGAGAAACCGGCUGAGCCACUUGAUGAGAAACCUAAAUCCAAGAAAAAGGGUAAUAAAGAGGACACCAAAAUAGAACCUGAAGAAGAAAAAGAAGGCAGUGAUAAUGAACUUGAUGUGACAAUCAAGACGGCUGCCCAGAAAAAGAAGGAAAAAAAAGAGAGGGAAAAACAGAAAAAACUAGAAGCCAAGAAAAAGGAACAGGAAGGUAAAAAGGAUGAACCUAAAGCAGAAGUUAAAGAUGAAAAGAAGGAAGAAGUUAAGGCUGAGGAACCAGCUAAGGCGCCAUCUGAAGAAAAAGAAGGUGGAGACACCCCCGCUACAGAAGGUAAAAAGAAGAAGAAAGGUAAAGGCAAAGAAGAAAAAGAGGAAAAAGAUGACAAAGGUAAAAAAGGUCCUGCUAAGAAGACUAUUGCUGCUAUGCAGGAAGCUCUUAAGAAAAUUAAAGAAGAGGAGGAACGUUUAAAGAAGGAAGAAGAAGAAAGGAUAAAACAGGAGGAGGAACGUGAGCGGCAAAGACUUGAAGCUAUUAGAUUAGAAAAAGAACGCAAAGAAAGGAAAAAACAGAAGGAAAAGGAUCGCAAAGAGCGUCUUAAAGCCGAAGGGAAGCUUCUAACACCUAAACAGAAGGCAGAGAAAGCUAGAGCUCAAGCUAUGCUGGAGUCUCUGAAAGCACAGGGUAUCGAAGUAGGUGGGUCGGAAAAGAAACCACCAAGGCCUGGCACGAGGGUUAAACCUACGAAGCUCAAGAGUCAGAUGUCGCAGGACGCUCCGUCGACUCCUCAGGAGGAGAAGAAAGUUGAAUUGGAAAUUGUAGAUAAAAAGGAGGAACCUAAAAAGCAGGAGAAGAAAGAAGAAGAAGAAGGCAUCAAAGACUCAUGGGAUGCGGAGUCCUCUGAAGAGGAACCAGAACCGGAACCGCAGCCCGAGCCCGCCAAGCCUGCACCCCCCGCCCCCGCUAAGGAAAAAACACCCGCCAAGAAAGUGGAAGAAGAAGAAAGCUCUUCCGAGGAAGAAGAUAGUUCAGACGAAGACUCCAGCUCUGAUGAGGAUUCUGAUGAUGAAGGGAUGACCGAUGCUCAGAAAAAGAGGGAGCUUAUCUUGAAGAGAUUAGAGAAACGUAAAGAAGAGAACGAGUUAAACAAACAGAAUAACCCUCUCCGCGCGGCCGUCGUCUGCGUACUCGGCCACGUCGACACCGGAAAGACGAAAAUUCUGGACAAACUUCGUCGGACCAACGUUCAAGAUGGCGAAGCUGGGGGCAUCACGCAACAGAUAGGCGCUACUAAUGUGCCUAUUGAGAAUAUUAAGGAGCAAACGAAACAUGUUAAAGGGGUAAACGAGAUCGCGUUCAAACUUCCCGGCCUGCUCAUCAUCGACACGCCCGGCCACGAGUCCUUCAGCAAUCUGAGGAACAGGGGCUCCUCGCUCUGCGAUAUCGCCAUCUUGGUGGUAGACAUUAUGCACGGCCUAGAGCCUCAAACAAUAGAAUCCAUAAACCUGUUGAAACAGAAAAAGACCCCCUUCAUAGUAGCCCUCAACAAAAUAGAUCGUCUAUACGACUGGCAAAGCGCUCAACGUAAAGACGUCCGAGAUAUAUUGAAAAUGCAGGCUACUAAUACGCAGAUCGAGUUUGAGAAGCGAAGCAAGGAUGUUAUGCUGCAGUUUUCUGAACAGGGUCUAAACGCAGCGUUGUUCUACGAAAACCCCGACCCCCGUUCUUACGUCUCUCUGGUCCCUACUUCGGCAGUCACUGGGGAAGGCAUGGGCAACCUUUUGGCGAUGAUAGUGCAAGCGUGCGAGGGGCCCUUGCACAAGAGAUUGGUGUUCUCCCAACAGCUAUUAGCAACAGUUCUUGAGGUGAAAGCUAUCCCCGGUCUCGGAACGACAAUCGACACUAUCCUGAUCAACGGAACCCUCCGGGAAGGCGAUACUAUGGUUCUCGCGGGCACAGACGGUCCGAUUGUGACCCAGAUCCGAUCGCUGCUCAUGCCGCAACCUAUGAAGGAGUUGAGAGUCAAGAACGCCUAUAUGGAGUAUAAAGAGGUAGUGGGCGCGCAGGGAGUCAAAAUCGCAGCCAAGGAACUUGAAAAAGCCAUCGCGGGUUUGAAUCUGCUUGUGGCGCAGAAACCAGAUGAGAUCGACGUCUUGAAAGAAGAAGUGGCCCGUGAGCUGAAAUCCGCUCUCUCUUCAAUAAAAUUGUCAGAGCGCGGCGUUUACGUUCAAGCCUCCACUCUCGGCUCGCUAGAGGCAUUGCUGGAGUUCUUAAGGACCAGCAAGAUUCCUUACUCGGCCAUAAGAAUAGGGCCGGUGGUAAAGCGUGACGUCAUGAAAGCGUCCGCCAUGUUGGAACACGACUCGCAGUGGGCCACCAUUCUAGCGUUCGACGUAAAGAUCGAACGCGACGCACAAGAAAUGGCGGACAACUUGGGCGUGAAGAUAUUCGCCGCCGACAUCAUUUACCACCUGUUCGACAAGUUCACCGCGUACAGGGAAGAACUGAAACAGAAGAAGAGAGAAGAGUUCAAGCAUAUAGCUGUGUUCCCCUGCAAACUACGGGUGUUACCACAGUUCGUGUUCAACUCUCGGGACCCCAUAGUGUGCGGUGUGAUGGUCGAGGCCGGUAUCGUUAAGGAGGGGACUCCUAUCUGCGUUCCCAGCCAAGAGUUCGUUGAGCUGGGAAUCGUGACAUCAAUAGAAAGUAACCACAAGCAAGUAGAAACGGCGCGGAAGGGCCAAGAGGUCUGCAUCAAGAUCGAACCGAUACCGGGCGAGUCGCCCAAAAUGUUCGGCCGACACUUCGACGAAACGGACAUGCUAGUCAGCAAGAUUUCGCGCGCGAGCAUUGAUGCUUGCAAGGAUUACUUCCGCGACGACCUCAUCAAGACCGACUGGCAGCUCAUGGUGGAGCUUAAGAAACUCUUCCAGAUCCUCUAGACCUUCGAACAGAGCUCACUCUCGGUAGACCUUCACAAACAACAGAGCUCUCGGAGUAAGACGCAACGUUUACCGUCUUAUCGUCUAUUCCAUCUACACCGUUCUCAAAAUCCUCUUUUUACUGACCGGUCAAACUUACGCGGGUUACUGUAGUCUGUUUUAUUGAAUAACUAACAGGCCCAGUGUGUCUGUGUGACAGCUAUUGGACGACUAAAAAUGGUGCAUAUACCCUGGAACUAUAGUAAUUGGAAAUAAUGUGUUUGGUCUGUUUUUGAAAAGGCUUAAAGUCUCCUCACACCUAUCGCCGCGGAAUCGGCAAUAGACGGUUGAAAAAGAUUUGUCUGCAAAAUAAGGGCGAAAAUGACUUCGACGCGUCGUCCGGCGUCGGCCGAGCCGAUUUGAGCUGAAGGACGUCAUUUUAGCUCAUAUUGCGUGGAUAUAAAGCUUUUUUCUAAAUAUACGCUUUUGUUCGGCGUGAUAUAUGUUGGGGAAACCCUACGACUAUAGCGGUUGUAGCUUGACUCGUAAAAUCACAAAACUUGCCCGUGGUUUGAUUAUUUCAGUUGAAUAAGUCCACCGUAUCCUUUGUAUCAUAGAAUCUCAACUUAAAUAGCAACCCAUCCCGUACUAUAGCGAUUUCAAUAUUUUUUGCAAAAUUUUCAUGUCUCAUAACUUUUGUAUAUGUAUAUUCAUUAUUUUUAUCAUAUAAAUUAUUAUCUGGGCAAUUAAAAAUAUGUCCGUCAAUAUGGAAAUUUAAUUUCUGGUUUGUCACGCGUAUUCAAAAAUAAAGUUCAUACAAAAACGUGACGUAGCGGGAAAGACGAUUUGGGACAAUCUUAUUGUCAAGAUGGAAAGCGUUAAGAAUUCUAUGCAUGAAAAAUAAAAAACGUUAGUUCAGAAAUAAUCAAUUUUUUGAAAAAAAAAGUAAAUAGCUCAUUUAAUUAUACGUAGACUUGUCGUACAAAAUAAUAACAUGUACAUUGUUUUAUAAUUUAUUUACUGCCAUUUAAAAGCCAUUUAACAUUAAUAACAUUGAAACAUCUUAUUGUAAGUGGUUAUUGUAAAUAUAAAUGAGACAUUUAUGAUACAUACAUUAUAUUUUAUUUAUUACUUGCGUUUUCAACCUUUGGCAUUUUUAUUUCUGAACGUGAAUAAGUGUUGACUCGGAAAUUUUAAUUUAUUUUUUUGUAUUUUAGCAAUGAAGUCCGUUGCAUAACUCUGAUAUAUAGGGUUGGGUAGUUUCAUUUUGAGAUGUAUCGUGAAACCACCCAACUGUAGUACAAAAAAUGCUAAAUAUGCUCCAAAACUAAGUCGAACAUCUUCUCUCAUCUCAUCAGGCAGGUUAUUUGAAUUUCGAAACUAUGAGGCAUUUUGUGAAAUCGCAAAAGAAAAACACAGGCAAAACCAAAAAGAAGGUAUUGAUACUUCAAUUACUUCAUAGAAACUGUGGACCAUAGGUUGUAGUAUUGGACUAUAAUUGGGUGAUUUACGGUACCUACUAACCGCAACAUAAUGGCCAUGGGUAGGUAUACCUUAUCUUGUUGCAAAUGGUUUGAAAAUCCCAAAGCAGCCUGUAAAAUUUUACAUGAAAAUGCCCUCCUUUUCAUUUACCUGUUUAAUUUUUUUUCUUUUCAUUUGCAUGUGUGUUUUGAUGAAAUCCCCUGUAUAUAUCCAAUAUAAAUGUUACAAUAAAUAAAAAGCGAUCUUAUGAAGUGUCUGAUCAUAAUUUAUUUCGAGUAAUAGUGCAAUAUGCGAUCUCAUCGUGAAAUUGUUUUUGUCUGGCAAUAUCUUUUCUGGGAAGUUGUACUCAUGUAGGCACUGUAUUUUUAAAAUUUUUGGAAUUUGUAUGUAAUCUUCAUUCAGAAUCACGAGUUUUUUCGAUGAUAUUAGGAAAAAAAGUCCUAAAAUUCCAUUUUUUUUAUCCUUCCAUUCCGUUAUCGCCACAAAGUCUAAGCGGGUAACGGAAUGGAAGUAAAAAAAACAUUUUUUUUCGCCUAUUAGGAUCGAAAGAGUUCGUGAUUUUGCAUACAAAUAACAUAAACAUUUCCAUGUACUUGAAAAAAGUUGUAUGCUACACUUUAAAUAAAAUCGCUCUUCUUCGGUGCCUCUGAUUCUAACGUAGUGCCAGUUUUAUAAAUCGAUGUCUAUUUAUACAGAUAUACCUAUGAAUAAGCAGAUGGAGUGUUGAGCGUUUUCCAAAAUAAGUACUGAAAACCGAAUUCAUAUAAAUAUCGACUUUUUGGGCUCAUUUUACUCAGAAUCGUUAACAUUCUCUUUAAAAAAAUAUGUUCUAAAAUGUCCGUUCCAUUACGUCACGUUUUCACGCGUGACGUAGUGGAAAGUGAAAUUUCUAUGCGCAUUUUCGGGACAUUUUAGCAUCAGGAUCGAAUAUGCUAGUAAUGUAAUUUUGAGCUGGAAGGACCCAAAAAGAUCAAGAUCUGUGAGAUUAAGUUUUUCAAUAUCUUUUACUGGAAAUCGCUCAGUUAUUGUUGGUAUAGAAACGAGUUUUAAGUCUGAAUUUGAAAAACUCGAUUUAGUUUUACUACAGUAUGUAGCGGAAAGAGAAGAGUCGAGAAAGAAAUGGAGCCCAUACAUUCCACGACUCUUCUUUUUCCGCGCAGAUUCUACACUACUUACGAUUUCCCGAGUUGCGCCUCGCGUGACCUUUGAAGCGUAUAUCAGUCUUAAGACCUAGAGUAGCUCUGUUAGUUAAAAGUUUGUCUUAUUCUAUUUAACACAAAUGUUUUCCAACAUUCAAAUAAAAUAGAUAAAGAUAGGUAUUUCCUAUCUACCUACCUACCUAUAUGAAAUGGCGUUUUAACUAUAAGUUAAACUUGGAUGAAGUUACUCUAGUAUAAAAUACUAAGUCGAGUUUUAAAGACUCACAAACUUGAGUCUGCCAACGCAGGAGAGCGCUGUUAAUGGAAUGUAUGGGAGGUAGAGGUCGCCUAUUGCGGUAGAGUCCGUCUGAGCUAACUACUAUGAAGUGACAAUUGGAAAGUGCUACCAUAAACGUCAGUUCAGUUCUUUAAAAAAAAAUGCUUCCAUCGAAUUUAUGAUGAUUUCGCUAAUGUCAAAGUGUGCUCGCAGAGCAUGACGUUCGGUAGUUGAUUUUAGUAAAGUGAUAGCUGCGGGCGCAGCACGGUUCCAUUUUUAUCGACUAUCACUAUGCGCGUCCCUUUCGCACUUACAGACUUGUUGGAACGUGACAGAUAUGGUGACAAGGGAUAAAAACGCGACCGUGCUACGCCGCCUGGGCUUUAUAAACAGCAAAGAUAUCUUGCCGGUGUUGACUGAAGAAUGGUUAAUGGCGUUUCUAGAUUAUUUUUCAUUAGGCGUGUCAUUCAUUACUAUUAGACUGCAUAAUAAAAUAUUACACUUUAAGUAACAUUAAUGAGCAAAGAAUAAAGACUAUUCUCGACACGACUUCGCCAUUCGUCAUAUUUUCGUAAGAUUUGGCGUUUAUGGUGGCCCUCCCACACUCAAGUCACUGCAAAGUCUAUGAAUUAGCUUAGUCGAGCGUUUUCUGAAAAAAAAAAAUUGAAAUCAGUCUCACAGAUCCAGAUCUUUUUGGGUUCUUCCAACUCAGAAUCACUAGCAUUCAAUCCUAAUGCAAAAAAAAAUCCCAAAAAAUUGCAUGGAAAUUUUAGUUUCCACUACGUCACGUUCACACAAGUGAACAUUUUCACACUGAAAUGUGACGUAAUGGAACGAACAUUAUAGUUUUGUUGUGGUAGGAUGGAGAAUGCUCACGAUUCUGAGUAGAAUGAGCCCAAGAAAUUGUAGAUUUGUAAGAAUCUGGUUUUCAGCCUAUUUUUUUUAGAAAACGGCCCCACUCUAAUGUCUCUCUAGGAACAGGGAAAACAAUGGUACAGAGGUUGUAUUAAACAUGUAGGUAUUUCCCUUUUUAAAAUGCUUUGUAUUAUAUAGAUGGAAUCGGACAUAUUCUUAUAUUGAAGAAAUUAUAUUAAAUUAUGAAAAUUA